AUGGCCAUUAUCAUAUUUUUCUCCUCUGGCCCUGCUGAACAAUUCAGAGAGGGUAGGUCGGUGAAAAAGAUCCAUUUGUCCAUAUCGAAAGCCUAUUUAACGGCGUACAAUCGAGCUAAGCGCGCGAGUGUUAAAUGUCAUCACCACCCUACCGUUUUCUGCAGAAAUAUGGAUGAAUACGCGUCCAUACAGACAUAUAGCCCGCCAUAUCUAGAAGAUCCGCUCGGAAUUAAUGGUCCAAUAAAUUGGAAUAUCGCUGUAUCUCACCAAAAGGGGAUCAUAAUCCUCAGCUAG